CGUGAUGCAGUCAUGUGACCUGAAGUCUCUCCCACUCGGACCAUCCGUCAGUGUUUUCUGGUAGAUUCCAGCGUGCAGCGGUUCCUCCACCAUGACUCUAGAAGCCUGGUACAUGGACUCCUCUGAGGAGGACCAGAGGAAGCCCCACAGACUGAACCCGAACCAGCCCGUUCCUCUGAAGGAGCUGAACCAGCUGGGGGUGUUCUACUGGAAGCUGAAUGCUGAUAUCUAUGAAGCAGACCCAGAGCUGGAAAAAAUCCGCAAAGAGCAGGGCUACACCUACAUGGACAUCCUCAGUAUCCGCAAGGACACCCUACCUGACUAUGAGACCAAGAAUUCUGUCCGUCUGUCCCUCCAGCUGAAGAUGUUCUUCACCGAACACUUACACCUGGACGAUGAGAUCCGCUACAUCCUGGACGGCCGGGCCUACUUUGACAUCAGAGACAAGCAGGACAGAUGGAUCCGGAUCGACCUGGGCAAAGGAGACCUGAUCACCCUGCCAGCCGGCAUCUACCACCGCUUCACCCUGGAUGAAACGGACUACACUAAAGUCAUGAGGCUGUUUGUGGGGGAGCCGGUGUGGAAGGCUUACAACAGACCUGCUGAUGACUUUGAAAUCCGCCAGAAGUAUGUGGCUUCUCUGAAGGCAUUCUGAGGAACGACUGGAUGGAUUCACUACAUGACCACUGCUCACACUAAAUCAGGGUGAUUGGGAAGAGGCAAAUAAUUACGUAGAAUAGUGAGAAAUCUACAGACGAUUAAAGCAAUCAUUACGCACCAAGAGGCCUUUUAGAGUUGGAUGAAAUGAUGUAGCCCUAUAGGGGGGUUCUAUAGAUACACUUCAUUGUACUAUAAAUCAGAACCUGUGAUGGGUAGAAACACAUUUAACUGUGAUCACAUCAUAAAAUAUGAUACUAAACACCGCCCAGCAACCUUUCACAUGGUUCAGUCUAGCUUCAUGUCAACCAUCUUCCAUUGAAAUGCUGCCCAGAUGUUAAAGCAUCUGGAAUAAUAAUGGAAUCUAACACUUUUAAAGGGGCCACUCUGCAGGAGUACUUUACUUUUAGAACACUUCAGUAUCAUUUGCCUCUACUUUUACCAGAGUAGGUAUUAAUUCAAGGUCUGAAUACUUGUUUCACAUCAUGAUAAGCUGAUAAAUGCUUUAUUCUCUUAAAUGUAGAAAUAAUUCUGACUACUGGCAUCACUGUUUUCUAAUUUUAUAUUCCAAUCUGUCUGGAUCAAUAAAGAGAAAUGACAUGAUUUAUCUGAGCUAAUGGGGUGAAGCAUCACUGACAGAUCAAUAUACAGUUUAUAUUGUAAGAAAAAUAAAGCUGCUAAUGAUUUUAA